CAAAUGAAACUCCAAUACAUACAUACACCCCGUUUCCUACCCUUCCACCAAACCACCCAAAUUCAUUAAAAAAAAAAGUGUAGCUGAUUCACAAAACGAAUGCCAAUUCCACCAUUUCUUCGAUUCAAAGCAAAAUCCAGCUAUCCCCACAAAUCUUUUUUUUCCCCUCGCAUUCCUUUCAACCAUUGUUACUUUCACCCACAUGUUUGGCCGCCGAAAACUACUACUUUUCCACUCGCCCUCUCUUGCUUACACAUAUAUGGCAAAAAGGGCGCAAAGACCACAGCAUGACAUAGACAGAUCAAUCGCACUUCAUAUCUCUGAUAAAAGGGUGUAGAUUUCUUGCUUAUAUUGGAGAGAAAAGGUGCGAUAUUUGUGGUUGGGGAUUGGUAGUGAAACCACUUUGUUCCCAUUUUCGAAAAUAGCAAGUUUUUUCUUGUUUAGAUAGAGAUAAAGAUUUGAUUUUUUUUAGUGGGAAAUCAAUUUGAGGGGAUGGGGAUAGUGUACGAUGAUGCUGUGAUGAUUAGGCAGUCGGAGAGAGAAGAGGAGCCUAGUGUUAUAACCGUGAAUUGUCCGGACAAGACUGGUCUAGGCUGUGAUCUUUGCCGCAUAAUUCUCUUUUUUGGACUCACUGUUGUUAGAAUCGAUGUAUCAACCGAUGGGAAAUGGUGCUACAUAGUGUUUUGGGUGGAGGGGAAAUCGAGCACGCGAUGGGGAUUGCUGAAGAACAGAUUGAUGGGGGUUUGCCCUUCUUUUCUGUUGGCUAAUGGGAUUUCAUAUGAUGGGCCCGAGAUGCGCCCCCCGAAGCCCCCCAACGUGUACCUCUUGAAGUUCUGUUGCUAUGACAGAAGGGGCCUUCUGCAUGAUGUAACGGGGGUUCUUUGUGAGCUCGAGCUUACGAUAAAGAGAGUGAAGGUGUCGACAACUCCAGAUGGAAAAGUCAUGGACCUCUUCUUCAUAACUGACUCGAGGGAGCUUUUGCAUACAGAGAAGAGAAAGGAGGACACAUGUGACCAUUUAAAAGCUGUUUUCGGGGACGGAGCCAUCAGCUGCGAAAUAGAAAGGGUGGGGCCCGAAAUCACGUCGUCUUCUCAAGGACCCUCGUUUUUUUCAGAUGGAACCACUGAGGACAUGUUUAACGUAGAGAUGCUGAAUCAAAACGAAGAUGACCCCAUCGCCUUUAAAUGUCCCUCAAUCACGAUGGAUAACAUGCUGAGUCCCUCUCACACACUAGUCCAAAUUGUUUGCCAGGACCACAAAGGUCUUUUGUACGAUGUUAUGAGAACGUUGAAGGACUGCGACAUCCAAGUUUCCUAUGGACGUCUGGCAAGGAAAGGGAAUGCUGAGUGUGAGCUCGACUUGUUUAUCAUGCAAGCAGAUGAUGGUAAGAAGAUAGUUGACCCCAGCAGACGGAAUUCGUUGAGCAAUCGUCUUCAGGUGGAGCUAAGCCGUCCGCUAAGAUUAGCAUUGAUCAGCCGUGGCCCUGACACUGAAUUGCUCGUUGCAAAUCCCAUCGAGUUAUCUGGAAAGGGUCGUCCCAUGGUUUUCCACGACAUAACUCUCGCUCUCAAGAUGCUAAACAGACCAAUCUUUUCGGCUGAAAUCGCAAGGCAUGGCAUCGGUGAUCGUGAGUGGGAAAUUUACAGAGUUCUACUCGACGAAGGGGAAAGUGGCUCUGCUUCAAAGAAAGAGAUAGAGGAGACGGUGUGGAGAAUGCUAAUGAGUUGGGAGUAACAACGACGUUAAUGCUCGUUGCUGCGCUGCAACAGGUUCUGCUGGAGGUUCGUAUGCUUCAACGCUGGAUCAGCCGAUAUAACUUGUAAAUAUUCUCUGUUCUAGAUGUGUAUAUAUAUGAGGAAAGCUUAGGUUUUUGAGCUGUUUAGAUGAUGCUAUGACCAAUGUUUUGGCUUUUAGAUUGAGAAACAAUGUAACAAGGUAUGGAAAAGGCUAUUUUCCCCUUGAAAUAGAUAUUCAAAUAAAAAUGGAUCAUAGCUUUUGCCUUGUAA